UUUAAAUUAUUUGAACCCACUCAUAAAUCAGUGUGGACACUUGAGCAAUUGUGAAUUCAAUCCAGAUCUGCAUGCACUUUUUGAAAAAGAUUUAAAUAUUUUAUUUUAUUUAAGUACUUUAAUUCACUCAAAAAUCAUUGGGGACACUUCUGAUUAAAAGGCACACAAAAUCUAAAAAUUUGUUACUUCACACUACUAUUAGCACUUUAGAAUUUAAGCAACAUAUAAUUUGUCCCAAAGCCAUAUGCAACCUGUUCCUUCCAGCUAUGAGUGACAUUGGCUAAUACGACUUUACUUUCAUCACGUUUGUUUCUCAUGAGGCAGUGACACUGAUAAGCACAUAUCAAAAGCCCAGAAAACAUGUCGAAACUUUCCCUCCAGUUCAGAUGAAGGAUCUCCUGGCAGGCGCCACCAUUUCCAGUUAACAAAAGAAGGUGAAAGGGCUCUUUUAAUAGGGAUAGAUUUACAGGAAACGGUUGCCUUAAAGCAUAAAGAAAGUGAAAGUUUGUGAAGAAGCAUAUAAAGGGCGUGCAAGCAGCGGUGAGGCACAUAUCUGCUGAGCACAGGUGAACGAACACAUACAGAGGGACAAAAUGAUGUUCUCUAACGCUCUGACAUUAUGGACAGGUGCUGUGCUUAUAUUGAGCAUCAGUCUAUGGAGCUGCACAACUGCUCAGAACGAUGGGGCAGCAGAUUGUUGUUUAACCACCAGCAACCGGCGCAUCCCACAGAGGGUGGUGACGUCCUUCACCAUUCAGACUGGUGAUGGAGCCUGCAGAAUUCCUGCCACUAUAUUUGUCACAAAGAAGGGCUUUAAGCUCUGUGCACCAUUUCCAAGUGAUAAUAACUGGGCGAGCAAACUGAUCGAAUACAUACUGGCAGGACCUGUACCCAAAAAACCUAAAGGAAAGAAGCAUAGACAACAGUAAGCCAUCACAGAUUAUGCAGGUCCAGCCUGCUCUCACUUUACACGCAUGAAUGGGACUGAUCCUGGAACAGAUCUGAUAUUAAUAGUAAAUACUUAAUAGUAAAUACUCAUUCUCAGGUUUGCUACAUGAGUACUCUAGUGGAGCAGGUCAAGUGAAUCUAUUGUCAUAGGAAUAAGCUUUGCAAGAUAAUGAACUAUUUUUGAAAUGUGAACCCUUCCCCCACUGGUCUACAUGAAGAGAUUUCAAGCUAACUAAUUUCUAAUUUCCAUCACUUGUUGAGUUUGUAUUCUGUCUACUUGUAUAAAGUUACUGUGUUUCCUGAGCCAUUGAAUAAAAAUAUUUUGUUUUCUAUAUUUUUACUUUGUAUUUUGGAAUAUAAAUAAAAGCUUUUACAUUUUAAA